AUGGCUCCCGGCUGUUUGCUGCUUGAUUCCGCGUUUGCCGUGACUCUGAAAAACGUGCUGCAAGAUGCCAUCGAGCGAUUGAUGUCACCUCGGGCUUCGCCUUUCGCUGCGCUAGACAGGCUGCUGAUUUCGAACAACCUUAUCGAGGUGUCGGUCAGAGAGAGCGACGUGCUCCUUCAUUGCCAUCUCCUGGAGCACUUUGUCGCUAUUAGAUCAAAGAUUGAUGCAUGGGCAGAUAAACAUGCAAUUGAUGAGGGCGCAGCUUGGACCUGUUACAUCAACGCUGGCAUUCGUCGACUGACACAGUGGUUCGAGGCCGCGCUUUCCGGCCUUGUCGAUCUCAAUACUCAUAUCCCUCCACUGGAUGUUCUUCUCGUAUGGCAUGCGUUUCUUCAAGACCCAGUCCAGUGGAAAAGGUUUACCGACAAGACUGAAGUCAAAUUCUCUGGGUGGAAUUCCGAUGCCUUGUCGAGAGCCCUACAGAAUGACGAGUCCGGAGAGUUUCGUCCCUCGUGGGAUUGCAUGAACAAGAUCAACCGAGUGUAUAGUCACGAGGAUGUUCGUACUUUCAUGGAUAGUUCAAUUGACUAUGUCUUUAACCGAGAAGACGGCAACGACACUACCACGCAAGCAGUGACUCGCCUAUUCGACAGCAAGCGAUUGUCACAUAAAAUCACAACUCUAAAUGGCGAAUGGAACUUCGCUUACAACUUCCAUUCAGCUGCCCAACGCCAGCUCGACUUGGCAGAGCAAGUCCUCAAAUUCUCCUGGCAUCGGAUGUACACGUCUCCCCUAGACAACGAAUGGGGGCUGAGGGCUGCUGUCAAACGCUAUAGGAGACUCAUGACUCUAGCGCAGUUCCGAGGGCCAAUCGAGCAACUGGAACUUGGGAUGUUGGGUUGUUCGGGCGUCACGUAUCUUGACAUCGACCUUGUAUGGAGAACCCACAUACUUGCGCCCCGAGAGUACCGUUGGUUUUGUAACGAGACAUUCGGAGGACUCGUGCUCAACAUUCCAAGCCCCCCUGGUAUCCACGGACCAGAAACUGUCUUCCUCGAUGAUACAUCUCAGAUUUACGAGCACGUCUUCGGAGAAGAGUAUGCUGUGUGCCUUUGCUGGCCAUGUGUCGAUGGGCGCCGAGCCGACAACCCAGGCCCGUGGAACUUAAAAUGGUUCACCGGACCAAUACCCACGACACCGAUAUCAGAGGAGAUCGACCGUCGUCGAAACGCAGCUGUGGACAUUCCUCUCGCAUUCGGUAGCAAACAAUGUCGCAAAUGUGGCUCUCAUCCACGGAGACAAUGUCUGAAGAAGGACGUUGAGGAAAAUUUAGAACAGGAGCCACUGCUCCUUGGGCGCUCCAGCACUGAUUGCGUUCUAACGCCGACGGUACCAGUCGCCGCUCAUGGUCGAAUUGAGCGUCUUACUGUUCCAUUCAGAGAUCUGGAAGUUUCUCCGCUCCGUUCUGAAACCCUUGGCGAAACCCCUUCACGGUCGUCCGUCCCAUCAGCAAACUUCGAAACUUCAGAACCGACCCUUUGGGACACGGACAGAAACACAAUCGUGGAGUCCCUAGACAAUGACGGGAGAAGGCCUCUAACCCCUGGUCUCUCAGAUGGAUCUACAUGCUCUGAUGACAGUAUUGAUGACAGUACUGCUGACAGUGCUGAUGACAGUACUGAUGAAGCCGCUUACAGUAACUACAUUCUCGAAAGAUGUGCAAACGUGCACCGGAUACCUCCCCUGGAGCGCGCAUUCGCUCUCCCCACCAACAACAGGAAUGCCGAUGCGACGAGAGAUGGCCCACGAGGCAGAUCGCGAAUUAGCAGAGCAGGAUGA